AUGACUUCAUCGCCCGAUCUCGGAAUGCGCAAGCGCGAUAUCGCCUAUCUGCUCUUCUUCGUCACCCAUGUCCCUAUCAUCUUCCUCGUCGACACCGUCCCGCUGCUCCCGACCGUCCUCCAGACAAAUCUCUCCCACCAACUCCGCGAAUUCUACAUCUCCACUUACCAAGACAAGUUCUUCUCGGAUCCGCCAUCAUGGUUCACCGCGUUCAUUUGGAUGGAGCUGCUGUACCACGUUCCCGCCUCCGUACUAGCCGUGCGCGCUCUGCUUAAGAACCAUGUCUAUCUUCCAAUCCACCUUCUCAUCUUCGGUCUCCAAGCUUUCCUUACCUCCUUGACGUGUCUGGUGGACGUGUGGAGCUGGGAUGAUCGCACAACGGCUCAAAAGCAGCAGAUCACCUCGCUGUACGGUCCGUACGUCGCGUUGGGUGGUUACAUGGCUCUCGAUGGCAUCGGGCGACUACGCAAGGCGCUUCGUAAGAGCAAGCAAGAGUAG